AUCCUGGUCGUAGAGGAUUGACUUGAUUGGUAAUGUUGGGUGAAAGCAACUUUUGGGGAGUCUGACGGCGGUCAACACGGAGGAGGGGACGUGCGCCAGCCAAGGCCGCGAAUGUGGGUCUCUCUGAUGCUCCGCGAACGACGACCCCGAAUAUCGCAAACCUCACGACAACCAUCCCAAUUGCUUAUCCGGGUGUAGCGAUCGCAAUCAUGUCCACUGCUCCACCCCCACCACCCCAGUGGGUCAUCGACCUCAACUCUACGCCCGCCUCGAAACCCAAGAGCGCUACCCUCCCAGACCCUCCAGGCUACACAGCGGCAUUGACCAAGAAGGAGCGAUCGCAAGCAUCAAAGACCCAGAGAGUGCCGCCAACCCCGGAAGAGAUGGAUACUCUCAAGAUGAAGAAAGCUUGGGAAGUCGCUAUCGCCCCAGCAAAGCAGCUGCCCAUGAACGCCUUCGGCAUGUACAUGACUGGCAACACACUUCAGAUCUUCUCCGUCUUCAUGGUCUUCACCCUCUUCAAGACACCCGUCCUCGCUGUACUAGGCCUUCAACGCACAUUCGCUCCUUAUGAGACACCUGGUACCUCAGGCCGAAUGAUUGGUGUCAAGCUUGUCUACAUUGCAUGCAAUCUACUCAUGCUGGCACUGGGUAUCUGGAAGGUCAAUGCAAUGGGACUACUGCCGACAACGAGAUCAGAUUGGCUGGCAUGGGAGAGUGAGAGAGAUUGGUCAGAAAGAGCAGUGCCAAAAGAGUGGUUGUGAAUGUUUCAUUGGAGAUGGAGGUCUGUAAUCAUUACAUACAGGAAAAUGCCUCUAGCAAUGC